AUGUCUAACCCACAAGAUCAUCCUGGUUCUCCUCCACCACCAUCACCCUCAAAUUCAUCCUCAUCUACUCCUCCUAGUGAAUCCCCAAAACCUAGGUUUCGAAGGCAGAAAAUAUUGGCUCGAAAAACUGUAGCAUCUGGGGCUCUGAGAAAGGUUUUAAAUGAAAGGUUAAAAGCUAGCCAAGUGAAAAAAAGUCCAGCUCCAAAUUCUGAUUCCAAUUCUGAGUUUGAAUCCUUUCAAUCUGCGACUGAGGGGGAAGGACAUGGGUCUUCUGACUCUGAGAAGACUCAAGAAUUCCCUACUGUAGUAAGUUCAUCUGUUAUUGAAAACUUAGAAACUAGGUUUGUUCUGGUUGGACCCAUUAGGGAUGUUAAGUUGGCUGAGACAAGUAGGAGUGAAGAGGUUAGAAGAGGGUGGAUGAAGUCAGGAGGAAGUGGGUCUGGGGAGGCUGCUGAGGGGUUGGUUCAUCUGAGCAAAAGGAGAGAUGAACCCGUUUCAUCUACUAAAGAGACCCUAGCUGAUAUAUUGAGAAAGAUUGGGACAAGUUAUGACUCAAAGAAACGCAAAGCUACCACACCAAAAGCCCCAAAUGUUCCCAAGCCAUCCAAGAAAAGAAAAACUUCAUCCCCAAAACCUACUGCCUCUUUAAUGCCUAAGGGAAGAGACACAAGAAGCAGGGUAAAACAAAGUGAAGCUGACUUACAAAAGGCUCUAGAAGAAAGUAAGAAAAAGAAAGUGGAGAAGGGAAAGGGAAAGGUUGUAGAAUCCUCUGAGGUUGUAGAGGAAGAGGAGAUGGAACUGGUCCAUCAAGAAAGGGGUACAAAAGUGGAGGUUCCUACACCAAAACCUAAAAAGUCCACGACUUCUUCCAAGAAGUCUUCUUCUAUACCUGUGUCUGCUGAACCCCCACUAGCCAAGAGGACAAAAUCUGUAGUGAAAGCUAAACAAGCAAAAGUUUUAGAUGAUGAAAAGUGGAGUGGAGAAGAAAAAGAGGAGGAAUCUGAGAAGGAACAAGACAAAUUUGCCAUCUUUGGCAGGAGAAAAUGUUGA